AUGACUCUGGCCCAUGAACAGCCUGCGGCCCAGCGGCCCGCCAGCACGCCUACACAUUCGCCGCUUUUUCAGGACCACCUCGUCCAGGUUCAGUACAUCGGCCCCUCCCAGUGCCGCGAGUCGACCGAUGUUCAGUCCUUCCGGGAAAUGCUGACCCGUAAUCCCUCAUGGGAGUACCUGGAGAUCGGGUCCGAGCGCGCUCUCGGCGACAAGUUUUACUCCUGGCUCGCGCGGAUGAUCCCAGACAUGCAUGGCUUGCGAACGCUGGUCAUUGGUGCAUCAUCCAUGUCCCAGAUGACCUUGGCCAACCUGCUGCUGGUGAUCCUGAAUCACUCGCAGAUCUCCCACCUCGGGCUCAUCGACCAGGACUCGCAUCGAGAGGCAUUCAGCGAGAAUGUGGCGGACUUGCUCCGGUUCCCGGGCUUCAUCAAGUCGCUGGCUUUGAAGAACUGCCCGCUGUCGGUGACCAGCAUCGACAAUAUCUGCGGCUCGCUCGAGAUCCCCGGCUCGACGCUCACGAGCCUCUCGCUGAAGGGUGCGUCUCGGCGCCGGGGGGGGUGGCUACAGCAAUGA